AUGGCCGAAUUCCCCAUUGUCCUAGUCAAAAAUCUUCCCUACAACGCCUCCACAAGUCUGCUUUUUGACAUUUUCUCCAAGUUCGGGCCCGUGCACCAGCUUCGAAUUUCCGACGGCCUGGUUCCUCAAGGAACUUGUUAUGUGGUCUACACCAACAUGGAAAAUGCUCAUCGAGCAGCAAAAGAACUAAAUGGAGUCAACUUCCAAUCUCGAUAUCUAGUGGCACAUAUGUUCCAGGUCGAUCCGGAGGUCCAUCGACAAUUGCAGAUUGAGUUUGAGAAGGCAGAAUGA